AUGAUGCUGACUGGGAGAAAUGAGAGUGCUGGAGCCACUUUUGUCCUCUUGGGCUUCUCAAAUUUCCCACCCUUCAAGGUUGCCCUCUUCUUGCUGUUCUUGGCCAUCUACACUGUCACUGUGGUGGGGAACCUGGGUAUGAUUGGGGUCAUAAGGGUCAAUCCUAAACUUCAGACACCCAUGUACUUUUUCCUCAGCCAUCUGUCCUUUUUGGAUUUUUGUUAUUCCAGUGUAGUCACACCCAAACUAUUAGAAAUUUUAGUUGUGGAAGACAGAACUAUCUCCUUCAAAGGAUGCAUGACGCAAUUUUUCUUUGCCGUCACAUUUGUGUUUGCGGAAAUGUUCAUGUUAGCAGCGAUGGCCUAUGACCGGUUUGUGGCUGUUUGUAACCCCCUGCUCUACACAGUCGCUAUGUCUCGUAAGCUCUGUGCUGUCCUUGUAGCUGGAACUUACACAUGGGGUGGAUUCUGUUCCUCAACACUCACAUAUUCUCUUUUGAAACUGUCCUACUGUGGAUCUACCAUAAAUCACUUUUGCUGUGAGUUUUCUGCCAUCCUCUCUGUGUCCUGCUCUGACACACACUUCAGCCAGAUGGUGGCAUUCGUCAUUUCUACAUUCAGUGAAGUUUGCAGUCUUCUGAUCAUUCUCACCUCCUAUGUCUUCAUAGUUGUCACCAUCAUCAGGAUGCCUUCCACGGGUGGACUCAGAAAAGCCUUCUCCACCUGCGCCUCCCACCUGACUGCCAUCACCAUUUUUCACGGGGACAUUCUCCUUCUCUACUGUUUGCCCAACUCUAAAAACUCAAAGCUCCUCAUUAAAGUAGCUACUGCAUUUUACUCCAUUGUGAUUCCUAUGCUAAAUCCUCUUAUCUACAGUCUUAGAAAUAAGGAUGUGAAGGAGACUGUCGGGAAGUUAAUUCACACCAAAGUGCUUUCUCACUCAGUGUAA